AUGCCCGCGAACGGUAUCGAGCUCUGGCUGGCCAAUACUGCGGAUGCAACAGGAAACCCCCAGAAGGUGCUUCCAGGGAAGGCGAAGGGUGGUGAUGGCCCGUGCCGACGUUCUGCGGAUCUACAUAGCGGCAUCGACGACGAUGACGACCUCGACCAGGAGCCGUCCGAACCUUCGAGUAGUAGAUCGACAACUACUUGGUCAAUUCGAAGCAUGAGAUUCUUGCUGGAAUCCGCUGGAAUUAUCCGGGAUGCCUCUGAGCUGGUCGAUCUCCCAGCCGAUGCGCAUAACCUCUACUCGUUCAUUGACGAUGUUUCGUAUGGGGGAACCCCAUAUGUUCCUGAAGCCAUUCAGGUAUUAUCGAUUUCUAUCACUACGCUAUGCUUAUCCUGUGACCGCAUGCCCCUCCCCAUCGCUAACCAUCUCCAUCUCUCCAACUACCACCUUGAACCCGAGGCUGCUAUUGUCGAAUUUCAAACCUUGAGCGACAUCUUAGAUGAGGCUCGUCGAUGUGACAUCAACGACGUGCUUGAGUCUCAUUGGAACUCUGCCGUCAACUACCCCCUGCUCCGAGUUGCGCUUCGAUCGUAUCCUUGCGAUGCAAAUGUGAAAGUUUGGGAUGUAAUGGGCGCUACCAUUAUUGAAGAAUACGUCCCACACAAUCUCAUAUCCAACCGUCCUACUCAAGUAGACCUCUGUCUGGCUUUGGAGCCAGAGGUCGCUAUGAAGAACUUUAUAAGCAACAACGACGACACACCCAUAAACCAAACUGCAUACAGUCCUUUAUACGAUCGGUUAAUUACCGUGGCGAUUAAGACGAAAGCCCUAGCCCAGAAUGCCACGGGGACACCCCAACUCCUCGUUUGGACCAGGGCUUGGGUUUCGCGGAUCCGCCACAUCGCCCCAGAGACAACGAUCCCAGCCCUGCCAAUGAUCCGAAUCGUUAGAAAUGACUGGUACAUGUCAUGGGCCUGGAUGGAGGGGGAGAUCAUGAGAUAUUCUACGGACGUACGCUUCGGAGAUACUCGCAGCGUCAGAGGAAUGUAUCAAAUCUUGGCAGCUCUAAGGCAUCUGGCGGACUGGAUUGGCAAUGUUUUCAAACCCUGGGCUAUUCGGUUGUUCCAGUAG